GUGAAAAUUUCGAUAUACAUAUCACUGAUCUAAAUCAUGUCUAGUUGACAAACGAUGGAUGAAUUAUGUUUUCAUAGUGACAAAUUACAAAACUUCGACUGUCAACUGAGUUGAUUAGUAAAACAACAUUUCAAAUAUAGAAAAACAAAAUAUCCGAAAUAAAUUAGAUCAUAUAUAUAUAUUCAUGAAUCUAUCAAGAUUUUUACCUUAUUUAAUUAUAUCCUAUAAACAAAGUUGUCACAAUGUCUAUCGUAUACUAUACACUUCUUCUCUGUUAUCAUCAUCAUCAUCAUUAACAUCAUCAAAGCCUAGUGAAAUUAAUAAACCAAAUGGUUAUAAAAUGCUCAUCAAAUCAUCAUCAGUUCGAUUACGAUUAGAUAAUUUACCAACAAGUGCACAACAAUAUUUGAAUGUUACUCCAUCCGAUAAACCGUCGGAAUUUAUCGUGGUCUUGUCUAGUGAUGUACAGAAAAUGAUUAGAAAAAUUCAUUGUUCUGUUAAUUAUAUUGACGAUAAGUUACAGCCUCCAUUACUUCAGUUGAUUGUAAAAGAGGACACAUCAAAUCACAAUAAAUUUUUACGUAAACAUGGAGUUCACUUGCCUGAAAAAACUCGAGUAAAAGUUAUUGAGUUUAACUCUGAUAUAGACAAUGCUAUGUUCAAAUUUCGACUGAAACAAGCAGAAAAUUUCUUACUAACUGAUCAUUCUGUAAUCAUGGUUGUUAAUUUAAAAUAUUUAAGAAAAUUAUUGUCAAAUAAAAAUGUACAGUCUACUACUACUACUACUUCUACUACUACUACUACUAAUAUGAAAGUAGAUGAAUGUGAAAAGCAGCUACAAAAUUUAAGAAAGGUGGAAUACGAGAAAAACGUUGCAAAGUACACUGAAAUAUUCCAAAAUAUUCCUCAUUGUAAAGUACGCAAUAUAGAUCGACCGAACAUGUCAAAUGUUGUUAUGAUUUUAGAACCUAUUAAAAUAAAUUAAAGCAAUAAUUACCGCAAA